GUGGCUCGUUGAUGAUAUACAAAAUACGAGGUUUCUUUUUAACACCUUGUUGUAGAAGUGGAUUGGAGAUAUUCUUAGCCGUCUUCUUCUUCUUCUUCCUCUUCCUCGUUUCCAUUUGAUUGUUUUUUUUUUUCUUUAAGAAGAAGACACUGAUAAAUUGUAGUUAAGACUAUUACAUUUCUUCAGAAAGAGAGGGAAUAAAUCGAGCUUUCAUCUUUUUAUAUUCGUUCUUUGGACAGUGUCUCUCCACGUAUUCUGGUCUCUGGUCACAGGUGGUUUGGUCAGAACUUUUGGAGAAGAUCUCUGUUUGGUACAAUGUCUGAACAUGGUAAUAUGGUUAUGGAGGAAAAAAGAAUGAGGAAGGCUUCUUCAGUCCAAGGUCAUGAAUCUGCUUGGUUAGGUGGUUGGAGUCAGUUAGGUAAUGAAGUGAAGUUUCAUGAUCAGUCCAAGGACUUGAUAAAGCCUGAAGAUAAAAUACCUGACCAAGAGGUCUUGCCGUUUCCUAUGUUCAAGGUUUCUCAGAAGAGAGAUGUUGGUUCAAGCUCGAAAGCUGUGGUGGCUAAUAGGAUGCCUUGGAUGAAUGCGCUAGGAGAGAAAGAGAAGCUCAGUUCUUCCAGUAACCGUCUUGAUUUCCCGAUUCAAGAACAGACUACACAAAACCUUCUAGAGUUGAUAAGACCAGUGAGGCUUUACGCAACGGUUGAUACGGUUCAACGAGUUUCUGGUGAGAUCAACUUACCAGAGGAAGAUGGUCACCAGCUACUGAAGGGCUCCAUGAAACUGAAAGGGAAGAUUUUUGGUGGGUAUCUUGAUCUGUUUCCUGAUGUAGAUCACCAACAUAGAGGUGGAGUAAGGCUGCAGUCUCUAGAAAGCUCAAAGGACACCGAAGAAGAUGGGCUGAGACAAAAUGAAUCAUCUGCAGAGACUGAUAUCCUGGAAAUGGAUAAACUUCAGACAAUACAUCUUUCCGGCUCCAUUUCAUCAUCGUCAACUAAGGGCAAAGGAAGAAUAGGCGAUUCAGCCAUUCCUAGAACUGAAAUACCUGACAUGAAUGAAGAGCCGCCUCUAGUUCUGGAUGGAGAGGGUGAAACAAGCAACUCGGCUACUCAAACUAUGAACGUGGAUCACUUUCUCUCAAGAGACUGCAAACGUGUGCGGUUAGAACCAGAAAUGGAACCCAGCAGUAGAUGGGUGAAGCGUCUGAAAACAACAGCCGCUGCCUCUGAUUCAAGCGGCCAAGGUGAAACCAAGAGCUUGAUGAAGAAUGAAGCAGCAUCUCUGGCCCAAAAAGAGAACAAUAAUAACCUGUUCCUUGAAAUCUUGAAGUCUGGGAUCAACAAUCUCCAACCAAGAAAUCAAGAACCCGUCACUCCAGAAAUCAACCAGGGAGGAGAAGGCGUUACGCUUCUGCAUCCAUGGAUCCAGAGGUGGUUCAAGAAGAAAGCUACAUCGACAGAUCAAUUAGAAGGGCAAGAAGUUACCUUUGAGCUAGAGAACCAAAAGGAGUUGGAAAAGAAACAGUAUCCGAGUAUUGCAGCCAUGGCACUCAUGGGGAAGGCUUUGAGCGGUUUAAACCCGUAUGGUCUUAAAAAGACCGACUCUCUCAUGGUCUGGAAUGCUCGGGAUUUAAGGUAGGAAAAAAAGAAGGUAAAAUCAUCAUCCAGAUCUUCCUCUCUAUUAUUACAACAUAGAGACAAGAUCUCAGAGACUUUCAGUUUAAUUCGAAACAUGUAAGAGUUUGACAGGACCUCCUAUAUCAUCUUAGUCUACGUAGGCGUCAGUCUCAUUAUCUUAUUAUAUUUGUUAUUUGUAUCAUAUAACUUCUUGUAUAUAUAGCAGAACAAUAUUCCCUA